UGCUCUAGCCAAUUCUGAGAUGGGUUCCUGUUCCCGCAUGUGCUUUCAUCCAAUCAUAAGGCAGAACACUUCUUUAUUAAUUUUUAUCCUAAAGACAAAAGUGAUGGGCCAUUUUGUUCUUUCUCUUAUAGAUCUUUCGGGAGACCUGCCAUAGGAAAGGCAAAGGUAAGUCGUCGUUUAUGAAUUGUCUUAGCUUUAAAGUUCAGUGGAAAAAGAAAGAAACGCUGGGUGUGCUUCUGGUGACCUGCGAAGUCUUCACCAAAUAGAGUACAGAAUAUGAUCAAUACCUCAGGAAAAAGAUGUCUGGUUCCUGGAUUCUCAGACUAAUGACCUUUUCUUGUCCUCCCUUGGAGUUCCCCCAAUUUUUCUUCCGAAGACAAGUGAAACUUGAUUUGCUCGAGGGAGGUUGUAACUAGAAAGGCUCGACUUCAAGCAGCCAGAAGAAGAAACAUGGCUUUCAAUCCCAUUCCGGCGAGCAUCAGGAAGGUUUGGAAUACAUGGAACCUCAGGGGCUUCAUCAUCCUGAGCCUCUCUCUUCAGACCAUCCUUAUCUUCUUUGCACCGUCCCGGAAGAGAACGGCCAACAUGAUCAUGAUGUUCGUCGUUUGGUCGGCUUACUUGCUUGCCGAUUGGGCCGCUGCAUUUGCGGUAGGACUCAUUUCCAACAGUCAAGGUUUUCGCUCCACUCCAGCGGGAGGACUCAUUUCCAACAGUCAAGGUAAUGACUCCACUCCGGCGGAAAACGGAGAUCUCAUGGCAUUCUGGGCACCUUUCCUUCUGGUGCAUCUUGGUGGUCCGGACACAAUCACAGCCUUUGCCCUCGAAGAUAAUGCCCUCUGGCUACGGCACUUGCUCGGCCUUAUUUUCCAAGUUUCUGCAGCAGCCUAUGUGUUCCUCCAGACAUCGUUGCCCCAGAACAAGCUGUUAGUACCAACCAUACUGAUGCUUCUUGCUGGUUUAAUCAAAUAUGCAGAGAGGACUAGAGCGUUGUAUCUUGCAAGUUUGAAGACUUUCAAGGAAUCCAUGCUCAAAGACCCAGAUCCGGGUCCAAACUACGCGAAGCUUAUGGAUGAGUACUCGUCGAGGAAGGAGGCCAAGCUCCCGGCCACCAUCAAGAUCACUGGAGAGCCUGACAGAGAAUCUAAGACCAUGAUGUAUGAGGGCGUGGAAGAAAAGAUUCGUACCGAGAGCGAUGUCGUGAGGCAUGCCUAUCACUUCUUUGAAAUCUUCAAGGGUCUAAUUGUCGAUCUCAUCUUCAGCUUUCGCGAGCGGCAUGAGAGCCGGCAGUUUUUCCUGAAUAAAAAUGCAGAGGAAGCUUUCAAGGUCAUAGCGGUUGAGCUCAACUUCAUGUAUGAUGUCCUCUACACAAAAGUCCAGGUGGUACAUUCGAUGGUCGGGUAUAUUUUUAGGUUCUUUGCAUUGGCAAAUAUUGCGGUAAGUCUCGUGUUGUUCACCUGCCUAAAGAAGAAUAGAUUCCACCCGGUUGAUGUUAGAAUUACCUACUGCUUGCUCUAUGGGGCUAUUGCUCUUGAUGCAAUAGCUCUUUUUAUGGCCGUUUUCUCUGAUUGGACUGUUGCUAGGAUAAAAAACAUCAAGAAAAGAUCCAAAAUGGCAGUCCUGUUUGAUAAACUCUUUGGUGCACGAUUCCUCUCUAUAAUGGAUAAGAGGAAGCAUUUGGUUGUGACUAAAUGUCAUACAGGCAAUGGCUAUUAUGAUGUGUACAAUACACCAGUACUGUUCCGAAGGUGGUCUGAGACAAUCUCAGCUUACAACCUGUUAUCUUGUUGUCUGAAAGAUUGUCCGACACGAAUCGCCAAACGGCAGGGGUGCUUGAGCAGCUGUUUCCGUGAAAUUGUAAGUUUUCCAUGCUGCAUCAUGGGAAUGGUAAUGUGCUAUCUGCGCUCUCUCGGUGAAUCAAUUUCUAGUUGCUUAUGUUUGGGCAGCAUCUUUGGUGGGGUUGCUCACGUUUCAGGAACUAUCUUUGGUUUUAUCUCUAAGAAAUUAGGCAUAGAUGACAUACUCGAUGAAAGCAGAUAUGUGUCCAAGAAUGCCUUCAUCAAGGGUCUUUGGGAGUUCAUAUUCAAGGAGUUGAAAGAAAAGGCGUCAUUCGCAGACGAUGCUGAGACGGCCAGGAAAAUAUGUGAGGCACGAGGUGAAUGGGUUCUCCAGGACAGCAUGUGGGAGAAUGACUAUUCCCAUUUGAUGCAAUACAUCGAGGAAGUCGAGUACGACCGUAGCCUUCUAUUGUGGCACAUUGCUACGGAGAUAUGCUACAAUGAUACGGAGAUAUGCUACAACGAUGAUGAGAACCCCCGCUCUGAUGACCAAGAUGAUAGGAUAUUCAGUAAGAUCCUAUCGGACUACAUGUUAUAUCUCCUAGUUAAGCAACCCAAGAUGAUGUCAGCUGUUGCGGGCAUUGGCCAGAUUAGGUACCGAGAUACCUGCGCCGAGGCCAUGAAAUUCUUCAGUAGACGGGGAAUUGAUAAGAAGAAAAGGAAGGGAGAGGAAAAAAAGGCUUUACUAAAGGAUGCUUGCAUUAAGAUCCUCGAGGUGGACACAAGCGUCAAACCGAUGGACGUGAAGGGUGAUCGGAGCAAAUCCGUGUUUGAUGGAUGCAUCUUGGCCAAAGAGCUCAACAAGCUAAAGGAAGAUAAGUGGAAGAUCAUGAGCAGGGUAUGGGUGGAACUUUUAUCAUAUGCAGCCAGUCACUGUAGAGCCGAAACGCAUGCCCAGCUACUUAGUAAAGGUGGCGAGCUGGUAACUUUUGUUUGGCUAUUGAUGGCCCACUUGGGCAUUGGAGAGCAGUUCCAGAUCAAUGAAGGCCAUGCCAGAGCAAAGCUCAUUGUUGGUAAGUGAAGCAACAGCACGUCGAUUUUCCUAGCAAAGGAUGCAUCGUUCCUUGCAGAAUCUUAUUUUUUGUGUUGUAGGAACUUCAUUUGACAAUUGCAAUGUUGUCAAAUCUUCUUCCUAAGUUUUGUCUUGCUUGAUUUUGCCACGUAUAAAACACAGAGAGCUCUUUUGUUUC